AUGCGAGCUUUGAGAUUAUUUGAUGCAUCGACCAUAGUAUCUGGUUCCACUGACAACUCGUUCAAGCUUUGGGACUUGUCUAUGAAUCAAGCAAGAGUAAUUGACAAUCCAAUUCAGACUUCUACAGGGCAUAUAAAUACAAAGAUUAUUGACAGAUAUUUCUGUGUACUGUCUGCCCAGACACUUCCGAAAGUCGAACAGAAAUGGCGAAGAACUCCCACGAGAGAUGUACACAUUAUUAUGAAUGAUGGGCAGCUAAUCGGCGGAGUUGGUGUUCUUUGCGACAGUGGCAUUGCUGGUGGCUGUAGAGAAAGCUCUCUUAUACAUGUGCACUGUCCGUUAUGCAUUUCUGUAAUGCUGUCUUAUUUUUCCCAGCAGGAAGAUGCAUUUGUGUAUGUGCAUUGCCUGUAA